ACGGAGGCAAAACCCUAAGCUCACUGAUGCUCACUGAUGGAAGAACCAAGUAGAAACCCUAGCUCGCACCAAGACGGCCGCGCCUAUGGCCCUCCCUCGCAAUCCGUUAUCCCCAGUUCCUCGAUGGAAGCGCUUGCCGAAGCUAGCAUACGUGAACCAGAUGGCUCCGAGCUGAAACGCGCGAAAGGGGAUGAGCCCAUCUCGUUUUGUCCGAGUUCGGAUGCUUUCAAGUCGGAUAGCUUCGAAUUGGGUUGUACCGUAGAUUGUAAGAUGGUAAAAGUUAGCUUGAUAGGGUGUUCUGAUCAUCUAUUGUCCGAUCCUACUGCCCCAGUGGCGGAUGGCGAGGGAGGGAGAAAGGAAUUUGGGGACGGCGUUACUAACGGUGAUUCUGAGAGAGAGGAAUCAUCGAGCGAAGAGUCCGACUCUUCUUCUUCUACCAGCAGCGAAGAGGAGGAAGAGGAAGAAGGUAAUUCCGACGGUGACGGUGGGCAGGGGCCAGAGGAGGUCCUUGCCGGAAGCGAUGAUGAAGAACAGGUUGUGAGAGGCCCCAUCAAGUCAAAAAACGAACUUGAGGUUCUUCCUUCAGUCCCUCAAGUGGAAAUCACCUUGAAGCCACAUCACCAGACAAUUCCUGUGGGGAUGAUUUCGUCUGUUUUGGGCAAUAGAGUCAUUGUUGAAGGUUCAGUGAAUCACAAUCCUUUAAAUGAGGGCUCUAUUCUUUGGAUAACAGAAACCAGGACACUGCUGGGGAUAAUAGAUGAGAUAUUUGGGCCUGUAAAGAAACCUUACUAUGUUGUCAGGUACAAUUCUGAAAAUGAUGUUCCAACUGGGAUCACUGAUGGCACUGCUGUCUCGUUUGUCAUUGAAUUUGCGAAGUAUGUCCUCGAUAAGAACAUCUGUAAUAAAGGAUAUGAUGCAUCUGGUGAGAAUGACGAGGAGAUCACCAACGAGGUGGAAUUCUCUGAUGAUGAAAAGGAAUCAGAAUACAGGAGAACUAUGCGGCAGACAAAAAGAGGGCCUGAUGAUAGGAAACAUGUGAAACUCAAAAACGACACUCGUAAGAAGAAAACUAAUUUUAAGGGUGCCAGGGUGCAGAAGGGCAUGGUUUCACCUAUUCCUGAUGAUUUGGAAGCUCCGAAGCAACCAAUCCCCGGUGUACGCAGUCCUUUUUUGGCACCUUCCAGGGCUUGUAAGUCUGAUUUUGGCAAAUUGUCUUAUUUACAAUCAGCAUAUACUUGUGAAAAUGCUUCACCAAUGUUACCUAGUAUUGCACAAGCAGACACCUUUGUUGUCACCAGUCCAUCACAUCAAUUGACACAGCAGCCAAAUCCUUCUCUGGGCCAUGGAGUGUCAUAUCUGCAGCAACCAAAUGCUUUCUUGGCUUGUGGGAUGCCUAUGCCUUUCCAGCAACAGCAAAAUGCUUUUUGGCCACUUGCGACUCCAACACAGCAGCAAAUGAAUGUUAUUGUCACACAUGGAAUGUCGCUUCAGCAGCAGCAGGUUGCUGCUAUGGCAGGAUUCCAGAUGAAUUGCUUACCAAGCCAGCAGCUGGGAACUGGAGCUUAUCUUCGCCAGCAUCAAAUUCAGGGCUUUAGUGAUAAUUCAAAUAGGAUGGCAUCCCAACAGCAAAUUUUCCCGAUGUUGGGUAUACCAUGGAUAGGAGGAUCAUUAAAUUCUUCUAGCGGUCUCAUGCCUCCUGUGCCAGUGCCACAGGCUGGUCAAGCAUCUUUGGUGCAUACCGAGCAAGGAGUUUCUGAUCAGUUGUUCCCAGCCACUGACCAAGGUGGGAUGCUGUUUAACCCCGGGAGUUCGUCCAUUCGCGGAAGAAUGCCUCUCCAAAGAGGAGGUCGGCAUUCAUUCAGGCAAAGCAUGCGAAGGUGAAGAGGUUGUUUUAUUUUGUUUUUGCAAGUUUUGUGUUUUCCUAGAAGGUUUUGUACUAUAUCAGAUAACACAUAACACGUUACAAGAACCCUUUUUUCUUUUCCUCAUCCACCUGUAACCAGAAAUGAAAUCUGAACUUGGAAUCCUCUCAAGUCUAACUUCAGUGAAACUUUUUGUUCA